AUGGGAUACCUGAGAGAGGUAGGACCUGAUGAAUAUGAAGCCAUCAACUUCACGAAAGCUCUCAGCCUGUCCAUCAUUUCUGAUGGAUAUUCCUGCGUAACCGGUGGCGUAUGGCCAACCUUCUGUAUUUUCCCCGAUUAUCUCAAGAGAAACGGCUGGAAGAUCUCAGAAGAUCCUACAGAGAUGGCAGUGAACGAUAUCAUCGGCAAAGACAGCAACUUCUUCGCGCACAUUGCAGAGAAAUACCCAGACGGAGAGUUCCAGAAUUUCAUGGCAGGGUACCAUCAAGGCCGCCCAUCGUGGAUGGACCAGGGCUUCUUCCCUGUCACCGAGCGCCUGAUUCAGGGCGCAGACACGUCGCCUGACGCAGCUUUUCUUGUCGACAUUGGCGGUGGUAUUGGCCAGGAUUUAGACGAGUUCUGUCGGAAACGCCCUGAUGCGCCCGGUCGACACAUCCUCCAAGAUCUUCCGCACGUCAUUUCGCAGGUCAAGGACGUUGACCCCAAGAUAGAGACGAUGCCGUACAACUUCCACCACGAGCAGCCUGUCAGAGGGGCCAGAGCGUACUAUCUGCAUUCAGUUUUGCAUGACUGGGGAGAAGAUGUCUGCAAGGAGAUCCUGAAUCGCGUCACUGCUGCAAUGAAGCCAGGUUACAGCAAGCUUCUGAUCAAUGAGCACGUCAUUCCCCCAACAGGUGCUAAUUGGCAAGAGACUGCAGUAGACAUGGUGAUGAUGACCAUGUUUUCCUCGAGAGAACGGACGGAGGGACAGUGGCGGAGUCUCUUGGAGCCUGCAGGGCUUCGAAUCGUUAAAAUCUGGUCGAAAGGAGAGGGAGUAGAGAGUCUAAUCGAGUGCGACCUGGACUGA